AUGUCCGCCCCGGAGUGGAAGCGUGACGCUACGGAGCGUCUCAUCGAGGAAUACCGAAAGCAUCAGGUGCUGUACAACAUGCGUCAUCCGCGUUAUUAUAACAAGGGUGCCCGGAACGAGGCGGUCACCCGCUUGCUGGACGUAGUACAACAGUAUCGGCCGGAAACGACGCCCCAGGAUGUGCUUCGCAAGAUUCAAACACUCCGCACGCAGUUCGGACAGGAAACCUCAAAAUCACGACGCUUGACUCAGUCGGGAAAGAUGUACCAACCCACGGCCUGGUGGUUCAAGGGGUUGAGCUUCCUGCAGAACCACAUCAAACACCGCUCGUCCAGUCCGGUAGAUUCCGACAGCUCGUGGAAGCAAGAGGUGGACAACAAUAGCUCGAUCAACGUGUCGAUCGUGCGGAACGCCAACAACGAUGCGGAGCUGAGCAACAUAGAGUACGAUCACUCGAUGGAUCUUGAUUACGAUAGAGAAAUACACUACGAGAUCAACGCGAUCGAAGACAUAAAGAACGUGAAAACGCUCGAAGUUAAACCAGUCAUAAUGGCGUCCAGCAGCUCAGCAGCGUUGCAGAGGCAUAAAAUGAAAACUCAAAGCAGGUGCGGGAGUCAGGAACACUACUACCAGGAACCUUCGCAAUCACCGCAACCGACUGAGUACACAACGGCGUUUCAGACGUCCAAUAUGCAAGAACAAUCUGUUGCCAAACAGGAACUAAUCAGCGGUAACACCGUUACCGAAAUCGUGGUGGUUAGCGAGCGGUGUAAGAGUCUCGGCAACUUUAUCGCAUCACAGAUGGCCUGCAUUAAGGACGAUUACUUGUUCUACGAGGCGCAGAUGGAAAUGCUGAACAUCAUGAACCGGGGUGUCCUGCGUCAGUUGGCUAUCGACAAGAGCAAUCGAGAAGCGGCCAACGGGGAAACGUCCAGCAACACGCACUCAUAGUUGAGCGAACGAAUCGCAUCUAGCGAUCACCAAGCAAAGGAUCUUCACGCCUACCCAGCAGCACCGGAGUCUCCUGAAGAUUUGUUUAUCGAAUAAGUGACGACACUGUAAAAAUUAGGCUAACCAACCCACUUCGAAGGACGAAAGUGUGUGCGCUCCUAGUUAGGUAGUCGGGGGCCAGAUUUGUUCCCACAAAUACGGGACCUGACGAGAGUGAAAUGUAUAUCUGAAAAGCCCAGACACGUAAAAGGUAUUUGCUUUGUGAAUAUUAUAUAUUGGGGCGUUUGAAUUUAAUCACAAUCUGGUACAAAAUAAAUUUGAUCCUUUUCUUAAAGAUUCGUCGUUGCGUUGUGCUUUUCCGGCCGAGUCGGGGGAUUCUGUAUAGUUUUCUGUUCCUC